AUGGACAUUGCCGCCUUAGUUAACCCUGUGUCAGAGGCACUCCCGCGGCGCUCGCCGUCGGGUUCGCAUAACACCAUACUAGCGCCGAGCCCUGCGCUCUCGAGCGCGACUCUCCCGGCCACUCCUAGACAGUCACACACCAGCCUUAUGAGUCGCAAACGCAAGCGACACGACCCAAAGCCCAUCUGGGCCGUUCGCGAGGACGAAGUCUACGACGGCAAGACACUCCAACAAGAUAUCAACGAACGCCAGCGCCAGCAACCUCCCAAACCGCAUCCGCAAUCGCAAUCGCAACCUCCACCGCGACCGCAGCCCUCCCAAUCACAACCACCGCCAGUCGCAUCGCGCAAUGGCCAGUCGCAAGCCCAACCGUCGAGUACUCCGCACCCUACAGCGUCUGCGGCUCUAGCAGGCUUCGAGCGGCCCAUAUCCCACGAUCCGCGCGUCUACGACGAGAUACAACGUAAAGUAUGUGAUUUCCUCUUUACAAACAUCAUCGUCAAUGAUCGAAUACGGGCGCUGCUUCAGGAGGCGCCAGAUACGACUGUGGAAGUGGAGGCCCGUUGGGGACAUAUUGUUUGGCGCGAAUCAGAUCUGCGCCUCACAGGAGUCCACAGCACUGAAUGUGUGCUCCAUCCCGGAGUCAGCCAAAAGACCAAGUUUGAGAGCACGAUGGACCUCCAACAGCAUCAGCAAAUGAACAAGUACCUGAACAAGCAGGUAUUCCAAUCCAAACCUGGCAACCCAAAUAACCGACCGGAAAUCCAAUAUAAACACACUAGACUCGUUGACCAGCAAUAUGAACUUGACUCAGAGGCUUUGUCUCGGCUUUCUCCCGCGGCACAGAACAUCCUCAGGGCCAGCAGCAAGCAAGAACGCAUACGCGUGUCGCGCGACCAGAAGACGGGUGAGAUUGUCGCAGCGAUCAUCAAGCACAAAGUGAACAACCUCGAGAUUAGUUCGCCACAAACGGAAUGGGACUAUCGAAUUGGUGUCAACAUCGAAAUAGUCUUCCCAGGGCCUUUAGGUGGCCUGCAGGAGGUGGUUGAGAAGGGCAGAGGGGUUGAAGCGAUGAAGCGCUACAAAGACCGCAUGUCGUACUCAUACCAAGAUGCGUUUCAGAUCGAUUUGACCCAGGUCACGCAGGAUAAUCAAAGGAUCCACGAACUUGAGCUGGAGUUGGACUCAAAUGUCCUCCUUGAGCAGGGUGACCGAGUGAGGAAUCAGCAGCCAAACGACUUCGAGCCUCUGAUCAACGGGAUGAUCAACAAUCUGAGGGUCCUGUCGCGCGAAGUUACACCUCCCAAGCGGUAG